AUGUACAAGUCUGUCGCUCUCUCGCUUCUCUGGGCUGCCGCCGCCCUCGCCCAGACGCCCCCCCAGACCUGGCCCGUCACCGAGACCAACCUGGGCGCCAUCUACGACGAGAACAUCACCGUCACCCCUGGCCUCUGGAUCGACCCUAAUGAUGUCGGCGACGAGCCCGUCCUCUACCCCACCAACGACGACGCCUACGAGGGCAAGUACAUGGUCUUCCUCAUCGACUGGAUGAUCCCCGACGACGAUGUCACCACCUCCAACCUGUACCGCACCCUCGUCCCCGGCCUGGCCGUCAACACCACCACCCGCCUGCACUGGUGGGCGGGCAACCUCACCCUCGACUGCGACUCGGGCGUGUUUGUCAACGAGUCGGCCGCCAUCGCCACCUACUCCUCCCCCCGUCCCCGCGACUCGACCAACCACACCUACGCCCUGUACCUGUUCGACCAGCCCGCCGACUACGUCCUGCCCGAGGAGGCCGCCGAGGGCCUGUACACCUCCCAGACCACCGACGACCGCUACAACUUCUCCAUGGUCCCGGUCUUUGAGGCCGUCGGUUCUCCCGUCGCUGCCACCUACUUCCUCUCCAACGAUGCCUAG